AAGUCUUCUCCUUGGAAGAUUAAACUAUUGAUAAACAUUUAAAAACCAUUGGUGAAGUCUAUAUAUAAAUAUGACAAAAGAAAUAUUAUGUAGUGCAUUUCAUAGUUAUUGCAGCUAUUUUGCGUUAAAGAUGAAGUGGAAAUUAUUUCUAGCAACUUUUCAACUGGCUGUGUUCUUUACGAAUGCUUGUGUGAAUCCUGAUUUGAAUCCAUUGCAACAUGUGGGAGAUAUAGUCACUCAAGUGAAAAAUACAUCCGUCAUUUUGGAAUAUAACACCAUCGACAACGAAUCAAAACUGAGAACAUCGCUCUACAUCAGUGACCCUGAAAACACAUCUCCGGCUCAACAUGAAGUAAAAACUUGUGGGACGAAUAAAAUUUGCAUCCAAGCGGGAAAUGUGCAACACACAGAAAUAGACAAAUCGAAUGGCUUAAUAAAAGUUUCUCACACUAUCAAUGAUGCGGAAGCAAAAAUAAUUGUAUGCAUAGAAUUAAAGGACGGAGUACAAUGGUUCGGAGGACCACAAAUGAAAUAUCAACGUUGGCCAAUUCAGAAAAUGUAUUUCGAGGGAGAACCUUAUGUUCCAACUCAUCCAACAAACAUGGCAAUAACAGAACGCUACUGGCUCUCCAGUGAAGGAAAUUACAUUUUUGUCGAUGACUCGGUUCCUCUCUUUCUCGAUCAGAAUAAUUACAAGGAAAAUCACCUUUGCCUCAUUGCAAAGAACGGAAAACCUUACCCUUCUCAAACUAGCAUUAAUCUUCGAUACGAAAUCGGAACCAUGAUUGGAAAUCCCAGACUCGCUCAUGAAUUAGUCAUCAAAAAUCAUUUAGGAAAGCCAACUGCAAUUCCAGACGAGAAAAUGAUUCAAUAUCCAAUUUGGUCGACUUGGGCCAAGUAUAAAGUUAAUGUUAAUCAAUUCAACGUUAAUCAAUUUGCGCAAGAAAUUGUAGACAACGGUUUUCAGAAUAGUCAGAUAGAAAUUGAUGAUAAUUGGGAAACUUGCUAUGGCUCUGCGGAAUUCGAUACAAAUAAGUUUACGGAUAUUGCAACUUUAAUUACAACUUUGAAAAGCAAAGGGUUUAGAACGACUCUCUGGAUUCAUCCCUUUAUCAAUGAGGAUUGCACCACUUCGUACAAUGAGGCAAGAGAUGCGGGAUACUUUGUCAAGAACACUGACGACAGUAUUACAACAGCUUGGUGGCAAGGCACGAGAGCAGCUGUUAUAGACUUUACAAACUCGGCUGCUGUAACUUGGUGGGUAAACAGAUUGAAAAAGUUACAAGAAAUAGGAAUCGAUAGUUUUAAAUUCGACGCUGGAGAAGUUUCAUGGCUGCCUCAACCACCGGUAUUAAUUGGAAACAAUGAACUAGGUCCUGGAAUUUUCACACAAAAAUACGUAACUUCUUUGGCAGAGAAUUUCAAUAAUAUGAUUGAGGCUCGUGUUGGUUGGAGAACACAAAAUCUUCCAAUUUUCAUAAGAAUGAUAGACAAGGACAGCAGAUGGACGAUGAAUAACGGUCUUCCAACUCUGAUAACCACUCUUCUACAGAUGAAUUUAAAUGGAUACGUUUUUGUACUUCCUGAUAUGAUUGGCGGUAACGGUUAUGUUGACAAUUCCUUCGAACAAACUGAAUUACCAUCCAAAGAAUUGUUCAUCAGAUGGCUUCAAGCCAACGUCUUUAUGCCGUCUCUUCAAUUUUCCUUCGUACCCUGGCAGUAUGAUUCUCAAACAAUCGCCAUCAGCAAAAGUAUGACCGAAUUACACGAAAGAAUUGCGCCGAGAAUUAAAAUAGCAAUGGAAACUGCAGUAAAUACCGGAGCGCCAGUAAAUCCACCAAUUUGGUGGAUUGAUCCUAAAAAUAAAGAAGCUCAUAAAAUUAAUGAUGAAUUUCUUCUCGGAGAAGAUAUUUUAGCAGCACCAGUUAUCGAAGAAGGUGCGGUUUCACGGGACAUUUAUCUUCCAUACGGAACUUGGAGAGACGGUAAUACACAGAACGUCCACUUUGGUCCAAAGUGGAUAAGAAAUUAUCCCGCACCCUUAAAUGUACUGCCACACUUUUAUAAAUUCUAAUUUUAUAAAUUUAAUCAAUUCAAGUAUUAAUUUCUUAGUGGUAAUUUAAAAUUUCCUUCUUAGAAUGAAUCAAGUAAAGUUAGAUCAACUUUCAAAUCUGUUAUUACUUUCAAAUAUGAAAUGAAAAAAUGAAAUGAAAAAAAAACCAUUCUUUAAAUA